UUUAUAAAAUCCCAACGGAUAUUCUCGCCCUACCCUCCGAAUAUUCUCCCCUUUCCGUUAUAUUCCCUCGUUCUCCAUCGCCCACCGGCCACCACAUUCCUCUCACUAACAACCUUACCUCCUCCGUUCUCUCAUUUUCCCUCACUUUCUUUCUUUUUUUUUUUCUCACCAACCAAACAUCCUGUUAAGAUUAGAAAAAAAGGCGAGUUUUUGCGAUGAAAUUUGGAAAGAGCCUUGGUAACCAGAUCGAGGAGACGUUGCCUGAAUGGCGGGAUAAGUUCCUUUCUUAUAAGGAGCUUAAGAAGAAAUUGAAGCUUAUUGAGCCUAAGUCCUGUGAGAGGCCCAAUAAACGGCUUAGACUGGAUGAAAAUUCUGGUGAUGUUGUUGUCGCCGGAGAUAAGGUGGGCGACGGAGACGGUAUGUCGAGAGAGGAGACUGAUUUUAUUAAUCUUUUGGAAGCUGAGCUGGAGAAAUUCAACACGUUUUUUGUUGAGAAAGAGGAAGAAUACAUCAUUAGAUUGAAGGAAUUACAAGACAGUGUGGCAAAGGCAAAGGAUUCUGAUGAAGAGAUGAUAAAGAUUAGGAAGGAGAUAGUGGACUUCCAUGGCGAGAUGGUUUUGUUAGAGAAUUAUAGCGCCCUUAACUACACAGGAUUGGUGAAAAUACUGAAGAAGUAUGACAAAAGAACUGGUGCUUUGAUCCGCUUGCCUUUCAUCCAAAGGGUUUUGCACCAGCCCUUCUUCACUACGGACUUGCUUUAUAAGCUUGUUAAGGAGUGCGAGGUGAUGCUAGACCAUCUCUUCCCCAAGACUGAAAAACCAGCUUCAACUGAAGCAAAGAAUGGGGAUGACAGUGCGGAUGGUGAGGAUGACGCCUGUGAUCUGUCAUUGUCCUCUACCUCUCAGAGCGAAGAUCUGCUCAGAGUGCCCAAAGAGCUCGCUGAGAUCGAGUACAUAGAGAACCUGUAUAUGAAAAGCACUAUUUCAGCAUUGCGGGUUUUGAAGGAAAUUCGGAAGGGAAGCUCAACUGUUAGCGUCUUUUCAUUGCCUCCACUGCAAAUAAGCGGAUUGGACGAGACCUGGAAAAAGAUUCCCGUUCUUGAGCAAGCAGCCAAAUAGUUUAGUUUUGUAACGGGAACUGAACUCUUCUGCGCUGCCCUGUUUUUUUGCUUUCUUUUUCUUGUUUUCUUUUUCUUGACUUUUUUUUUAGUUUUACAUUUCAUGCUUCUAUAGCGCAUGUCUUAGAUACUAAUACUAACACCUGUAAAUGCUGUAUUGAACUACGGCGGUUUAGUAUCCUAUAUGUUAAUUUUGGUAAGUUCGGCUUGCCAUUUUACAA